GCGGACGCGAUCACUACGAAAGACACAAACUACGGUCGACAAAUUCGGCGACGGAGGCACGAGCGCUCUCACCAGCUGAGAGGUUUGUUCCAAUUUAAUUGCCCCGCGGACGAGACAGGCUCAUGGAGGAAACGAACGAGUUUCUGGCCGCUACUGCGGUAUGCAAAAAAUUUUCGCGCGUUGUACGAACAAGGGACACACUACAGCCGGUCUUUCCGGAGCAAGCGAAACCCCCGGUUGGCCUGCGCUAGUGUAACCUGUGAAGCGCUUUUCCACGCGGUCCCUCUGAGUGGACUUGUACCACACCCUGCACCGGCCUGCUGCUCUAACCGGCCUACUCUUGGCUGCCAUGCAGCGAUCCCCUUCAGCACCUCGUAG